AUGUCGGCACCUCACGGAAACGGCGCGAGCGGCGGCGACCUGGAGGCUGCUCGGCGUCGACUCGCGCGCGCGCAAGCCGCCCGCGCAAAUGCUACUCGCGAGGAAAUCGAGGCACGAGGAAUCAGGCCCAAUGUUCAAGAAAUCGUCUCUCACAUGAACAGGACGCCGUCCCACUCGUUCAAGCGGACCCGGCUCGACCACUCGGCGGCGUACAAGAUUUACGAGACCGAAGACGACGAAGAUGAGGGAGAGGAGGAGGAGAAGGAGGAGGAGGAGGAUGAAGAAGGAGAAGAGGAAGAACGAAGAGGAGGAGAGAAGAAUGGUGGCCGCCACCUACACGAGGAAGAAGAAGACGAGGAUGAGUUCGAGUCGCAGUGGCAGAAGAUGCUCGCCGACCAGGGCGUACGGGACGCCAACAUGUUUGCCCUCGCCGAGUUUCGCCAGAUCGCCCGACAGCGCCUUCGGGCGAUGAAGCGUGCCACCGCCGAGUGGCGGUCGCUGUGUAGUCGUCCGGAGGCACCACCAGCGCCAGCGCCACCAAAGAAAGGCCGCUUCAACCUGCUCGGCUCGCUGUGCAGCGUCACCGAGCUCAUCGUCGAGGUGUGCAAGCACGUGCGACCCGUCGACAUCGUCAAUCUGUACAGCGUCAGCAAGGACUUCCACCGCGCCGUCAACCAGCACAUGCGCAGCAGCGUCUUGGCCUGGGCCUGCCACAUGGCGCCCACCGCCGCCCGCGUCUACUCGAGCCCGGUCUACUACCGCUGGUUCGUCCCGGAUCCCGCGCACCGCCUCACGACAGCCGCCGACCGCGAGCUGGGCCGGACCGGGCCCGGCCAGGCCAGGAUCGAAGGCCAGCCGCCCCUGAACGACAAGGAAGGCGAGGUCCGCCUGGUCCCGGGCCUCCUCUGGCUCCAGAUGGUGGUGAACCGUGAGAUCCGGGUCCGCGACAUCAUCGCCUGUCUCGCCAGGAGGGGCCACCGCCUGCCCGAGGGUGCCCACCUGACGCUCAAGAAGAUCUGGCUCGUCAUGGACGCGGCAACGAGCCAGGCGCGCAUGAUGCUGCUCAACAACCCGGACUUCUUCGGCGACGAGGACCUCUACAUCGCCCAGCUCUUCAUGGUCAAGCUGCUCCUCGCCUUCAACGACCCCGUCUUCGGCCCGCAGUCGAGCAUGCUCAUGCGCCUGAUGCUCGGCCAGCGAGGCCUGUCUCCCCUCUGGGCCCUCCUCCGCGGCCACAAGUACCGCACGCCGGCCGAGAUCCGCCGGCUCAAGCUCCGCUACGACGUCGGCCCGGAGCAGAUCCAGGACGAGAACCUGCCGGCGCUCCACGGCGUCGAGAUCGACCAGCUGGGCGUCGUGCACUUCGAGGGCUGGGGCACCGGCCCGGACCACCUGCUGCGCCCGGACGAGCUGAUCCCGCUCGAGUGCGCCCGCCGCCAGCUGGACCUCGACGGCUGCGUCGAGGAGAUGAUGAUCUACGGGCACGUCGACUUCGAGACCGGAAACAGCCUGGUGCCGGCUCUCGACGAGAUGUACAUGAGCGACGACGACUUGCCGCCCGCCUGCCAGGGCUGGAAGCCGCUCAAGCACGAGCUCAUCCACUCGGGCUGCGGCAACGACGGCGACCGAUACUGGCGUCGGAUUCCAUCUUCACACGGACCCGGAGAAGGUGGCGGGGGAGGAGGAGAAGGGGAUGAUGAGUACGGUCGUCAUCAGGGCGCGGGUCAUCAGGGCGCGGGUCAUCAGGGCGCGGGUCAUCAGGGCGCGGGUCAUCAGGGCGCGGAUGCCGGCGGGACGGGCGGGGCGUUGAGCGUGGGCUGGGACGACUUCCUGCUGCGGAAUUCCGGCGACGCUGGCUAUUACCACCACGAAGAUGGUGAUGAUGAUGAUACGGAGAUGGGCGAUGACGGCGACAACAACAACGACGACGACGACGCCGACGUGGAGACGGAAGGGGAAGACAUCAACAUCCUGAUGGGCGGCCUGCACGUCUGGCAGGGCCAAGAGGACUACCAGCAUCUUGUUGCGCAGCAGAUGGCCGAGGCUCAGGAUUCCGACGAGAUUGACAUGACCCGGUACACCGCCGACGAGGAUAUCGGCGAGGACGAGCGGACGAGACGGCUGCGGGACUGGUUCCGGCCUUGGUAG